AUGCCUUAUAGGGCCGAGCUAACAUUCCCCGUGGACAGCUUAAGACAAACCAGCAUCGUUCAUAAAGGAUCACCAAAACUGUCCUUACAUUUGGAUCCUCAAAUUGAGCGUUUGCUUCAUGGGAAGAUUGAGCUUCGCGAGGUGCAACGCGUCAUGAUCCCUCUGAUUGCCACGCUGAGCGAUAUUCUGGCAAUCAGCACUCCGGGGCUAGGUGUCACCACCGCCUGCAUGGAAGCCCUUCUUGGUGCCGUCCAGCGUGGACAGUACCACGCAUUUGCUACAUGCCCUCCUUUCUACGCAGGAGUCGACCUCAACAGCGAGAUUCAGUGCGUGGUUUUCUACAUCCCUCCUCCCACCAUAACCCACACCAUCACGGGUCGCCUCCGGCUAACCGCAGCGGGCGGCGAAAUGAUCACCAUCCUGGACCCCGAGGCAAAGGAGGAAACGGAGCGGAUGAAGGAUGUCAGGCGAGAGCUACGUGAUCUUCAACACUCCCACGCGUCUGUCUUCGACAAUACCACGGGUCCCCGGCCCUCUCUCAACAGCUCGACAGCGGCCAGCUCUAAACUCAUUAUCUGCGAGCUCGCAAACGAGAUGAAUGUCCAAAACCUGAUGGGUGCGUUGCGGCGAUUCCAGCCAGUGUGCGCUGUAAUUGCACAGGCUAGGCUUGAAAACCCGAAGAGUGUCACAACGUCCUUCGUCUGGUUUCCCACGGAGCCCCUUGCCACGCUUUGCUUGAGCGAGAUAGGCGGGGCCCGCCUUUGCGGAACUAUAGUGAUGGCUGGGUACGCACUGGAGAAGAAAGGAAAGAGAUGA